UCCGCCCCCGCUCCCGCCCGCUCCCAUCCCCAUCCCUCCGCCCAGAUCGCCGCCGCCGCAGACGCCGCCGACGGCCGGACGGCGACGUCCACCGCGCACGUCUCCGGCGAUCUACAGGAGUAGAUCGCUUCCGGAGACCUCCCGCUGCGGCCAUGGCGACCUUUGCAAAACCUGAGAACGCGCUCAAGAGAGCGGAGGAGCUGAUACAUGUUGGGCAGAAGCAGGCAGCCUUACAGGCUUUGCAUGAUCUCAUAACCUCAAAAAGAUACAGGUCAUGGCAGAAGCCACUCGAAAGGAUCAUGAUGAAGUAUGUAGAGCUCUGCGUAGACCUGAGGAAAGGCAGGUUUGCGAAAGAUGGCCUUAUUCAGUACAGGAUUGUUUGCCAACAAGUCAAUGUGUCAUCCUUGGAGGAGGUGAUAAAGCACUUCAUGCAGCUUUCCAAUGAGAAAGCGGAGCAAGCCAGAAACCAGGCACAAGCACUGGAUGAUGCUCUGGAUGUAGAAGAUCUGGAAGCAGACAAGCGACCAGAGGAUUUGAUGCUCAGCUAUGUUAGCGGGGAGAAAGGGAAGGACCGAUCAGACAGGGAGCAUGUCACACCGUGGUUCAAAUUUCUCUGGGAGACAUACAGAACAGUUCUUGAGAUAUUGAGAAACAAUUCAAAACUUGAAGCGUUAUAUGCUAUGACUGCGCACAAGGCUUUUCAAUUUUGUAAACAGUAUAAGAGGACCACUGAAUUCCGAAGGUUGUGCGAGAUAAUCAGAAACCAUCUCGCUAACUUGAACAAAUACCGUGACCAGCGAGAUCGUCCUGAUCUGACUGCCCCAGAAAGCUUGCAGCUAUACCUGGACACUCGAGUUGAACAACUAAAAAUUGCUACAGAUCUCUCUCUUUGGCAGGAAGCCUUUAGAUCCGUGGAAGACAUCCAUGGCUUGAUGAGCAUGGUGAAGAAAACACCGAAACCAUCUGUUCUGGUUGUGUAUUAUGCUAAGUUAACUGAAAUAUUCUGGAUAUCUGAUUGCCACUUGUACCAUGCGUAUGCGUGGCUUAAGCUUUUCAACUUGCAGAAGAGCUACAAUAAGAACUUGUCUCAAAAGGACCUUCAACUAAUAGCCUCUUCUGUUUUACUGGCUGCUCUUGCUGUGUCGCCAUAUGACCAUAAAUAUGGUGCAUCCCAUCUUGAGCUUGAAAAUGAAAAAGAUCGCAAUCUAAGGAUAGCCAAUCUUGUCAAUUUCUCCCUUGACUCCAAGCGUGAGAAUAGAGAAGUGCCUUCGAGAGCAUCGCUUCUUUCUGAGUUGGCUGCCAAAGGGGUUAUUUCCUGUGCUUCCCAAGAAGUCAAAGAUUUAUACAACCUUUUGGAACAUGAGUCUCUUCCUCUGGAUCUCGUAUCCAAAGUACAACCAAUGCUCUCCAAGAUUGCAAAGACUGGAGGGAAGCUUUCAUCAGCUCCUUCAGUUCCAGAAGUUUUUUUGUCGCAGUACCUUCCUGCAUUGGAAAAGCUGACAACCCUGAGGGUCUUGCAACAGGCUUCACAGAUAUUUCAAUCUGUAAAAAUUGAUAUGCUCUCAAAGAUGAUACCAUUCUUUGACUUUUCUGUUGUCGAGAAGAUUUCUGUUGAUGCUGUUAAACACAAUUUUGUUGCUAUGAAAGUCAACCAUUUGUCAGGAGCUGUUCAUUUUGGUAAUAUGGACACUGAAUCUGAUUGUCUCAGUAAUCACCUUAGUGUUUUGGCUGAGUCUCUUAAUAAAGCAAGGAGUCUUAUCCAACCACCUGUGAAGAAGCCAUCCAAACUUGGCAAAAACUUAACAAGUCUUGCUGGAGUAGUGGAGAACGAACACAGACGGCUUCUUGCGAGGAAAUCAAUUAUUGAAAAACGCAAAGAAGACCUUGAGCGUCAAAUAUUGGAAAAGGAGAAGGAAGAGGAAUUAAAGAGAUUGAGUACGCUGAAGAAAUCUGCUGAUGAUGAAAGGUUAAGGCUUCUCAAUGAUGUAAGAUUAAGGGAGCAGGAGAGGAUUCGCCAAUCUAUGCUUGAAAAAGAGAAGAAGGAAGCAGAAGAAAUGCUUGCAACAAAGAUAAAUAAAAAUAAGAAAGGGAAAAAGCCUGUCAUUCUGGGGGAUGUUACUAAGCAGGCUGUUAUGGAAUUAGCCAUGAAUGAGCAGGUGAAGGAGCGUCAAGAGUUGGAGAAAAAACUGCAAAAGAUUGCUAAACAAAUGGAUUACUUGGAGAGGGCGAAGAGGGAGGAAGAGGCACCACUGAUUGAACAAGCUUUCCAAAAGCGCCUUGAAGUAGAGAAAAUCCUUCACGAGCAAGAGCAACUGAGGGAGAUUGAGCUCAGCAAGCAGCACCAUGCUGGUGACCUGCAGGAGAAGAACAGACUUUCUCGAAUGUUGGAUCAUAAGAAUGUUUUCCAGGAGAGAAUUGUCCAGCGUCGUGAAUCUGAGUUUAGUCGACUAAAGAAAGAGAGGGAUGAAAAGACAAGUCAAUUGAUAUCAUCAAGGAAGCGUGAAAGAGAUACAGUGCGGAAGUUAAUGUAUCAUCUGAACCUGGAGGAGCAGCGCAUUGAAAGGCUUCGUGAGGAAGAGGAAGCUAGAAAACGUGAAGAGGAAGAGAGGAGAAAGAGAGAGGAAGCCGAAAGGAAGGCUAAGCUUGAUGCAAUUGCAGCCAAGCAGCUGCAGAGAGAGAGGGAGAUGGAAGAGAAGGAAAGACAGAGAAGGGAGGCUCUGUUUGGAAAAGGAGCUGGAGCUGGUGCUGGUGCUGAGCCUGCAGCGCGCACACCUGAUGCUGCUCCGGUUGCACAGCCAGCACAGCCGGUUGCUGCACCGGCCGCUGCGGCUGCUGCUGCAGCUCCUGGUAAGUAUGUCCCAAAGUUCAAACGAGGUGGUGAUAGUGGCAGUGGUGUUGGCAGCCAGAGACCGACCGCUGCACCUGAACAAGAUCGUUGGGGUUCACGUGAUGAUCGCCCGCGCCCUGAUAUCCGUCCGCUACGCCAAGAUAAUGAUAUGCGUCCGCUCCGCCAGGAUGCACCCCCUGCUCGCCAAGAUCCUCCGGCCGGCCAGGGUGGUCCUGUGCCCACAUGGCGUGGAUCAAGAUUCUCCUCAAGUUCGUCGUCUUCAUCAACCUGGAGCAGCAGCAGGCCUCGCAACUAAAGCCGUCUGCUUUCAAAUGUGGUCUCUGCUACGUUGAGAUUUUUUUGUUGCUGUCCAGGGCCAUUGCUGAGAUAUGCCUGCUUAAUAUUCUGAGAAGCAUGGUUGAACAUUUGACUGUUUGCGCUCGUAAAAUUUUGGAGUUAGGACUUGUGCCAGGGCAAUAGCACCUUUCCUAAUUUAUGUUAAAUGUUUGUUUCGUUGCAAUUGCUUCAUGCAUACUGGAUCGCUACUUGUUAAGUUUGUCCAAACUAUGAUGGCUGUUAGUAAUACUCGAAUAUUGUCCAAGUUUUUGCUCGUUUCUACAUUGCCGGCUAGGGCAAUUGACCCUA